GUGAAAAGUACUUAUAAGUUUAGACCCCCCAAAAAAGACAACAAAUCCUCCAACUACAACUGUGCGCCAGUAGAAGAACAACAUCCCAAAAUGAUGCCUCUUAAACCUCUUGUUGAGCCGACCAAUUCAAGGCCUCAGUCUGUUCUCGGUCACAAAGCAGCUCUCUACACAGUAUUGUUCAGCAAUUUUCAACAAUCUAGCUGGCUUUUGGCGGCUGCUCUUCUCCAGGGCAUGCUUACUCUGCUCUUCCCGACAAUCUUGACCCUGCUCCCUUCAUUUCUCAUCUUAGGCUCUCGGGUUUUGGAUAUGAUUUUGAUCACGUAUGGCUAUCGUCCGAAUCCAUAUAUGGAUGGGGUGAUCCAACAGAAAGUCUCCGCACAGUGCCCAGAUGGAACAGGAAAUUUCGGCGAGAAACCAUCGUCGCAGACAGUUGUGGUCCUAUUCCUAGGUUCAAAAUCAAAUCACCCAUUGGGCAUUUUGUCUCCAGGUUACCGCGAAACUGUGAAGCUUUUUACAGAGAUGGUUCGGGAUAUGGAAGCCAACCGUGAAGAAUACACCUAUAUAACGAGUACUUCUUGGAUCUCUAAUAGCGAUCCCACCUGCAACGCUGCAAGAGAGGUCAUGACAGUAUUCUAUUUUCAAUCGAUGGAUGGUCUACACAAGUUUGCGCAUGGCCCGAUCCACCGCAAGGGCUGGGAUUGGUGGAACCGCACUGCUAAGGAGCAUCCCGAUAUCAGCAUAAUGCAUGAGGUUUAUGAGGCCCCUGCUGGGCACUGGGAGAACAUAUACAUGAAUUACAAGCCCAGCGGAUUUGCGACGGGAAAGUUUCCCAUAAAAUCCCGGGAAUCUUCCCACCACGGCGCUACUGAAGGGAAGACAGGUCAUGAGCCAGAGAGACAGUGGAUUGGGAAUAUAGUUGAUGCAUCGAAGAUGAAUAUGAAAUCCUCGAAUAUUAGGCUUGGAAGAGAGUGAGAAUUGGUAAGUGGAGCUGCAUUGUGUGUCAGAGCUAGCCAACAUUUCUAGAGAAAUUUUGAUCUCUAGGAUGCUGGAGAUUACAAAUAUGUACAUGAAAAGAUUUGAAUGAGUUUAAUUUGUUACAUGUACAAUGAGAAAUAUGUACAAGGUCUUUUGCCGCCUGAACAGUUGAGCUCCCAUAGGUAUCUGCAUACCGACCCUCCAUCUAUUCGCCUACUGUGAUUGGGCUGUGUUUUGCCUCAUCUCCAGGUCUGAUGCAAGUUGGGAGAUAUUCAACUAGAAAAUAUGUAUUCCUAUCAAAGAAGAACGGGAUGCUGUACCUUUAUUUUCCUGUUUUGUUGAUCACACGCCAUUCCUAACCCCAAUUAGAGACCACCACCCGUUGAGUCUUGGAGAAGAAUGGUGACGGCUCCAAAGUCUGCAUGUGCUCCAAUACCUGUUGCAAAAGUUAGAAAUAGUAAAU